GGCAGGUGGAGGGAGCAGGCAAAGUUUGGCCGGCGGUAGCGGAGGCGGUGGGGUUGCGGGUGCCGCUGCCGGUGGGGGCUCGGCUUGGGGUCGGAGCAGCCGGGCCUCGCGGGGCAGUGCAGCUGCCUCUCCGCUCCCUCGCUCCUGCGUGACGCUCCCCCUCGCGGCGCGGAGGGCGGGCGGGUGGCGGGCGCGGCGCGGCCAUGGCCGAGGACCCCAGCGCGUUGCCCUGGUCCAUCAACAAGGAUGACUACGAGCUGCAGGAGGUCAUCGGGAGUGGAGCGACUGCGGUGGUGCAGGCAGCCUUCUGCGCUCCGAAGAAGGAGAAGGUGGCGAUUAAACGGAUCAAUCUUGAGAAGUGUCAGACAAGCAUGGAUGAACUCCUGAAAGAAAUUCAAGCCAUGAGUCAGUGCCAUCACCCCAACAUUGUAUCUUACUACACCUCCUUCGUGGUGAAAGAUGAGCUUUGGCUGGUGAUGAAGUUACUUAGUGGAGGCUCUGUUUUGGAUAUUAUAAAACACAUUGUGGCCAAAGGUGAGCACAAGACUGGUGUCCUGGAUGAACCCUGUAUAGCUACAAUCCUUAAGGAGGUGCUGGAGGGGCUGGACUACCUGCAUAAAAAUGGGCAAAUCCACAGGGAUGUGAAAGCAGGAAAUAUUCUUCUUGGAGAAGAUGGCUCUGUGCAAAUUGCAGACUUCGGCGUUAGCGCGUUUCUGGCCACCGGUGGUGACAUUACCAGGAACAAAGUCAGGAAAACCUUUGUGGGCACACCUUGCUGGAUGGCACCAGAAGUUAUGGAACAGGUCAGAGGAUAUGAUUUCAAGGCAGACAUCUGGAGCUUUGGGAUCACUGCUAUUGAACUGGCCACGGGGGCCGCUCCGUACCAUAAAUACCCGCCGAUGAAGGUUUUGAUGCUGACGCUACAGAACGAUCCUCCGUCUUUGGAAACUGGUGUGCAAGAUAAGGAGAUGCUGAAGAAGUAUGGGAAGUCGUUUAGGAAGAUGAUUUCAUCGUGCCUACAAAAAGACCCUGAGAAAAGACCGACAGCAGCAGAGCUCUUGAGACACAAGUUUUUCACGAAAGCAAAGAAUAAAGAAUUUUUACAAGAGAAGAUGUUGCAGAGAGCACCAACAAUCACUGAAAGAUCCAAAAAGGUCCGGAGAGUCCCAGGUUCCAGCGGACGUCUUCACAAGACUGAAGAUGGUGGCUGGGAAUGGAGUGAUGAUGAACUAGAUGAAGAAAGUGAGGAAGGCAGAGCAGCAAUUUCACAGCUCAGGUCUCCCAGAGUGAAAGAACCUGUACAGAAUUCAGAGCUAUUCCCACCAGCUGAGCCUCCAGGUCCUUCACUCAAUGCUCCAGCACAGGCACCUACUCAACUACCUCAGGCUGCAGGACCAGUCCCUGCACAACCUCAAACUGCUGUACCUCCACCUAGUCAGGCUCCUCCAGCAGCCCCAGCAGCCACCCAGGUCCCACCUGCCCCUGCUGCACCCCCGGUACAGGAAGAUACAAACGUCCCCAUCAGCCUUGUACUAAGGUUAAGGAAUUCAAAAAAAGAGCUCAAUGAUAUCCGAUUUGAAUUUACCCCAGGGAGAGAUACUGCUGAUGGUGUGUCUCAAGAACUCAUUUCAGCAGGUCUUGUUGACGGCAGAGAUCUGGUAGUAGUUGCAGCUAAUUUGCAGAAAAUUGUGGAAGACCCCCAGGCAAACAGAUCCAUCACUUUCAAACUGGCAUCUGGUGUGGAAGGCUCAGAUAUCCCCGAUGAUGGCAAGCUUAUAGGAUUUGCACAGCUCAGCAUCAGCUAAACAAUGGUCCCAGCAGAUGUUUCCCAACUGAGAACCCACAUGUGCAUAUUCGUAAUGCUUCUGUUAGCCUAAAAGAAACACACCAACAAACCACAAACAACAAACCACUACUGCCAAAGAAUCGAACUACAGCCCCCUUCCUAGAAGCUUUAACAUUUGUUUUUUUUUCUUGAUAGGAUCACAAACCUUCCUGAAAAAAAUCCCUGAUGCUGUUUACACCUUUUGUAAACAACUCUCAUGUUUUUGUACCUUGUCAUCUCAGACAUGCAGCUCCAACACCUCAUUGCCUGCAUGUUCAUUUUCUUAAUUGCCUUACUUUAAAGAAUAAGAAAAAUACUACUGAGUACGAAGCAGGGGGUUCCACUGCUCUGAUGAUCUUGCCUAAAUGUUUUGCCUCCAUGUGGUUUCUUCUUCUUUUUUUGGGUUAUUUUUUUGGU